AAAUUAACCUGUAUUUUGAAUACCAGACGGAUGAAAGAUAGCAAAAUCAUACGUGUUAAUAAAAGAAAUACCGUUUUUCUGUUGUGGUGUCGUUCACGUAUAAAUUUUGUAUACCACGAUGAGUGCUGUGUGGAAAACGGAUAGGAGACUUUUGAUCGUUGACGUUUUUAAAAUAGAUUUUUAAUUUUAUGCGUUUAGAGUGGGAUUAUAAUAUGUCUAUUCAUUCUUCAAAACGGAGAGAUGAAGACGAAGACAGUGAAUUGCCACCUCCUCCCGACGGCGGUUGGGGAUGGGUGGUCGUUUUUGGAUCAUUCAUGAUACACGUAGUCACGGACGGCGUUACUUACUCGUUUGGAAUAUUUUACGACGAAUUUUUAGAAUAUUUUAAAGAAGGAAAAGGUCUCACAUCGUGGAUUCUCUCAAUUCUAGUCGGCGUAACGCUCGGAUCCGGUCCGUUAUCUAGUUACUUCGUUAACCGAUACGGGUGUCGAGCAGUCACGAUAGCCGGUUCUAUAUUAGGAGCGGCUUGUUUAGUGGCAUCUUUUUACGCUGAAAACGUACUUACGUUAUGUAUAACGAUCGGCAUCGGUACCGGAACUGGUUUCGGUCUCAUCUAUCUUCCGGCCAUCGUCAGCGUCACCACUUAUUUCGAAAAGAAACGAUCCCUAGCUACCGGAAUAGCCGUGUGCGGUUCCGGUUUGGGAACCUUCCUUUUCGCUCCGAUCAUCUCGAAAUUAUUAUCGGAAUACGGUUGGAGGGGAUCCAUUCUAAUCAUCGGCGGAAUUGUUUUGGAAUGUAUAUUGUUCGGAGCGUUGUUCAGACCUUUGGAAAAUAAUAAUGGAGAUAAAGGAAAGAAAUUGAAAUCGUCGGAAGCCAAAGUUGAUUUACACAUUUCGGAUCACGAUUUUGAUGAAAUUACCAGUAGAGUACCGCAUCAUAACGGUCAGUAUGGAGGGUAUGGUACGAUAAAUGGUAAUAUGCAUCGACCGCACAGCGUUGCCCAUUUUACGUUACCGAAAAAUACGAAAACCGAACUUAACGGUAACGUACCUUCGUCCCAAAAACAUUUACAAAGUGAUAUAAAUAGAUUGGCCCUUAGUCAACCGAUGUUAACGCAAUCGGAAGGAAAAUAUAGGCAAUAUUAUCAUUUCGGUAGUCAAAAUUGGAGAAAACACGGACCUCUCGAUAGACCCGAUAUAUUUUAUCAAGGGAGCUUGAUGAAUAUACCGUCGUAUAGAUCCAAAUUGAGUUUAAGAAGAGGUGAAGAAGGUGAAUUUAUGGAACGUCCCUCGUCGGCAACGUAUAGCAAACAUAACGAAAUCGAAUCCCGAAAAUUGUGCGGUUGUAUUCCGUGUAGUGACGAGGUACGGGAAAUGUUGAAUUGUUCACUUAUGCGCGAUGUAAUAUUCUUAUUGUUUUCUUUGAGUAAUUUAUUGACCAGUAUAGGUUUCAACGUACCUUACGUAUACCUCGUACCGAAAGCUAAAGAAUUGAAAAUGACUAUCGACGAAGCCGGUAUGCUAAUUUCGAUAAUAGGUGGCGCCAAUACCGUAGGUAGGAUCGUAUUGGGAUAUAUUUCGGAUAAACCGUGGAUCAACAGGCUGUACAUAUAUAAUUGGAGCCUCACCAUAUGUGGGGCUGCCACUCUAGCUAGUGCCUUUUGUAGUACUUUUUAUACUCUAGCGAUUUACAGCGCCGUAUUCGGUUUUACGGCGGGCGCUUACGUCGGUCUUACUUCGGUUAUUCUUGUCGAUCUAUUGGGUAUCGAAAGUCUAACCAACGCUUUCGGUUUGUUGUUACUUUUCCAAGGAAUCGCUUCUCUUGUCGGACCACCCAUUGCAGGAAGCCUUUUUGACUUGACGGCUUCUUACAAUCCCGGAUUUGUACUUGCAGGUGUGGCAAUUGGAAUAAGUGGAUUAAUUCUAUUUACGAUUCCUCCAAUUCAAAGGUGGCAAUUGAAAAAAGCUCAAUCCAAACAGAUAAACAUCGCUUUAUAACGGAGUUUAUAAAGUCGGUUAGGUUUUAAAAUUUCAAAACAUAUCAUUUUUUUUGCUAUAUAGGGUGUAUCAAAAAUUUGUUUAUGAAAACUAUUUCUUCAAUAAAGAAGUGUUUUAUUAGUUGUAAAUGAUGUUGAUAUACUCUAUAAUGUAAACUUUUCUAUAUUUUGCACAGUGUCUGUCAUAAUUUUGUAAUCGGAAUUAAGACAUAUAUAGUGUGUAUAGAUCUAUGGGGUGCCAUAAUUCUGUCAGGGUAUUAGAUGUCUUUUCCAUCCCAGAAAGACGAGUAUAGUUUUUUUACUACGAAACCUUUAAAAUUUCCAUCCAUAUUUAAAACAACAACUUUUUAUAUAUUUGUAUUCCUUGCACGUAAGUAAAUUAGUUGGGAUUACGCCAAAGAAACUUUAUACAAAUUUUUUGUUCGUUAUCUUUAUACAACAAAAUUAUUUUUGAUGUUUGUAAAUGUUGUAACACAUAAGGAGCAUUUAUUUAUAUUACGUUUCAAUAAUUUAAAUACUACGGGGUAACUUCACAAUAUUGAAUAAAUAAAAACGUCAUUUAUAUGUACAGGGUGAUGUCGUUAAUUGUUACAUAACAACAUUUUAUUUUUGGAAUUACCUUGUAUAUUAGAUAUUACGUUUUAUUGGUAUCGAAUUUAUUUGCAUGUUUAAAAUAAAAUUGAUGUAGGUACUUUUGAAUUAUAAUCACAUUUUUGUAAACAAAGAAAAUUUUAUCGUACUCUUUAUUUUCUGUAAUAAAUUUUUUUUAAUUAAAUUU